GUAUGGCAUUAUUUGCCAAACUUUUCAACAUGGCGACACAACAAACUGAAGAGGUGGAAGCAAUGGAAAAUGUGAACCGAACUUUGCAUCCUGGCUUCAGCAACGACAAGUAUUCUCUGCUUGUCAUUGUCGGUGAACAUAGUCGGACUGGACUUGUGGACUACGUGGUUGCAGAGAUAGAGAGAGGCAUCCGCUCAUGGGGCGUGGACCUGACAGCCUGUAACCUGGAUGAGCAGCUCAAGCUAUUUGUGUCGCGACACUCUGCCUUCUUCUCAGAGGAAAUAAAAGGUCAGAGGACACUGCAGCAUGGUGGAGAUGUUCUGGAUACCCAGGUGAUGGUGAACCCAUCCCAUGAGUUGGUCUGCUCAGAGGUGCGCCGGCUUAUAUCUGAUGUGUCUCGCCACAAGUUGUUGGUUCUUGCUGGACAAUGUGUUGAAGAGGCAGGAGAUCUUGUCUUACAAACAGGAUGUUUCUCUCUGAGUGACUUCAUUCACAUAUUUGCUGAUGAGGAGAUUGGAGAGUUGUUGAGCUCUGCAGAUCCCACACAAAAAGCUAACCUCACGCUGAGUUGUCCCAACUCUGGGGUGUGGAAGAACUCUGUGUUGGAGAAACACAACCUACAAGACUUCAUCAACAUCAAAACAAACCCACCAUCAGUGCUACCGGAAAUGGAAGGUCUGCAAGAGUUCACAGAAUACCUCUCAGAGUCCCUGGAGCCACAGUCUCCGUUUGAGCUGCUAGAGCCCCCCAGUACUGUGGGCUUCCUCAAACUCUCCCGCCCCUGCUGCUAUGUAUUUCCAGGUGGGAGAGGAGACUCUGCCUUCUUUGCUGUUAACGGUUUCAACGUUCUGGUCAAUGGUGGGUCAGAUCCUCGCUCCUGUUUCUGGAAACUGGUUAGACAUUUGGACAGAGUUGACUCCCUGCUCCUCACCCACAUUGGGGCUGACAAUCUGCCAGGGGUGAACAGUCUUCUCCAAAGGAAAGCAGUAGAACUGGAGGAGGAACAUUCUACUGACUCUCAGAUCAAUGAGGACUGGAUGAAAAAUCUAAUUUCCCCUGAGAUUGGGGUCGUUUUCCUUAAUGCUCCAGAGAGAUUGAAGUCAUUCCGGAGUGAUCCCAAAGAACUGCGGAGCUGCGACCAAGUGGCACUCACUUUGCAACACCUUGAAAGGCUAACAAUCAAUCCAGAACCUCUUAGUCGCUCAAAUGGACCCAGCAUUGAUCCUCUUAUUCUUUUCCAGAAGAUGGGAGUCGGUAGACUAGAGCUGUACAUUCUUAACCCAGUCAAAGGCAGUAAAGAGCUUGAGGCUUUCAUGAAGACCUGGCCCGGCAAUGGAUCUAACAUAAAAGGCUCAGAGAUGCCCCUGUCUUGCCUUGUCUCCAUCUGUGCUCUACUGGUGUGGCAUCCUGCCAGUCCUCAAGAGAAAAUCAUUCGAGUUCUCUUCCCUGGGUGUAGUCCGCAGGCCAAGAUUCUUGAAGGACUUGAGAAAGUAAAGCAUCUAGAAUUCCUGAAACAUCCAGCCGUGAGCCUCAGGGACCUUGAAACAUCCAAAUCAGAUAAACAACCAAAACGUGCAGAGAGUCGGGAGAGCCUUAAGUCCCUGCCCAAGGAUUCAAGACCUAGCAGUGCCUUGCUGAAGGACAAAGUUGGACGUGGGGAUGUUAAAAAGCAAGACAUGAAGUCCAAACCCAAGGCUCCAAGUGACAUUGCUAAUAAAGAAUGGAAGGAAGGGGAAGAUAAGUCCAAAUUGAAGGAUGGGGAUGCUAAACAAAGGCCUCCAAAGGCUGAAAAGCUUAUGCAAAAGAAAGAACCUUUAAAGGAUGAGAAAAAAGAAGUAAAAAAGGAUGAGAAAGCCUCCACAGGUGUUGUCAAAAAGGAAGAGAAUUUGGAGAAAAAGAAAGAACCAGUUAAGAAAGAAACUCUUGGUCCAAGACCAAAGAAAGACAUCAAACAUGAUCAAAAGAAAGAUUUCAAGAAGGAGGUAAAGCCAGAGGAGAAGAAACCAACAAAACCUCUCAACAAGGAUGUCAAAAAAGUGACAACUGGACCUUCAUUAGGAAACGCAGAGGCAAAAAAGCCCUUAGUCAAGAAUGGAACAUUGAAGAAGGAUGCAAUCCCCAAGAAAGACUCAUUGAACAAGGCGGCAAAGCUAAAGACUGAUAAAAAGGAGCCGGAGAAUCAUAAAGCUUCUGCCUCUGAGGGGGAUGCUGAUCGUUCCAAAAUGUCAACGCCUGAAGACAUGACAGCGGAAUUCGAGAACCUCAGAGCAGAAAAUGCAAAGUCAGAGGAAAGGACUGCUGUUGUAGUGAACACUAUAGCGGACAUUGAAGGAAUAGAGCAACCUGCGACAGAGAAUGGAUCAAGAGCAAAUGCAGAGAGGGGGGACAUCUUGGAAAGUCCACAAAAGUUCACCUGCAUGGAGACACUGCCAAAUCCAGAGAAAGCCCUGGGAACCACUUCGCCUCUUGACAAAACUCUGAAAAGUGACCACAGCGUGAACUUAGAUUUCACACCAACUGAAUACAGGCUACUUGAUGGGGCCCUGAGAAAUGGGCAAGAAGAUGUUUGCGCUAGCUCAGAUGAGAAGACUUUAGAGUUGGUCUCCCCUGCCGACUCAGCCCCUAAUAGCGCUGGGCAUACCCCUUUCCACCAAUCACCUGAAGAGGAUGAUCAGGGCUCUGGUGAGGACAGUAGUCUCGGGGGAAGGGUGCCUAGCAUUGGGUUUGAAGACUGCCACAUCAUGGGUUCUUGCAGGAACUCCGAGGUAGGCUCCUUGAGGGGGAACCUAGGAAACUCCAUGUCGUCCCAGGACAAACAAUCAAGUAUUUUGACACUGAGUCCCUUCAUGCUGCCUGACACUGUCUCACCCAAUAUUACCUCCAUGCCUGCUGAAAUCGGUUCCCCACACUCGACAGAAGUUGACGAGUCUCUUUCUGUGUCUUUUGAACAGGUGCUCCCAUCUAUUGAUGAGUCACCCAAGGGAGACCAUAUGGACAGGUCCUACUCAAAUGGGCAUUUUGCAGAUUCUGACUCCAAAAUGGGGAUGCCCUUACCCUUGAGUACAUCUCAUAACACGCGUCCUCCAGGGGAUGGCUCAGAGGAACGCCUUCCUGGACUACAUGGUCUUCUCCCUGACAUUCCCCAUGAUGUCGACCUCUGCCUCGUCUCACCCUGUGAAUUCAAGCACUCAAAGUCCCCAGAGAACCAACAGCAGCAUCGGUCUCUAGGGCUAGCCACGGGUAGCCCGCAAGAACUCUCUGAAGACAGCAACCACUCCCAGGAGCUAGCUAAGCCACAAAGCGGAAUUAAUAGUGAUCGACAUUCACCUCAAGGCCAGGAGACCCCUCCCACGUCUGCUAGUGAAUCCCUCAACACAGCCACAGAUUCAGACAUACCUCCAGGGACUGAGGACUGCCCUUCCAUCACUGCAGACAUGGACUCAGACGAGGACUCUGGGAGUUUCCCGCCACACCAUCCACAUGACCAUCCCAGCUCUUACUCCUCUAACAGGGGAGCACAAUAUUCCUCUCAGGACCCUCCCCCAGCCCCAAUGAAGGAUCUGCCCCCCUUGCCGCCCCAGCCCGGUACCUGCAUGACUGACCCUGAGGCUGAUGCACCAAGCAAGACCUCAAAGAGUGCCGCCAUAAAAACCAAGAAACCAGCCGGGGUCACACAGAGGUCAACGUCAGCCACCAGUACAGCUCUGAACAGCAAGACCAAGGCUGGCAGCACAACUGGUACAUUGAAGACCACCUCAAGCCUUGACACAAGGCCUUCAUCCCGCAAUACCACUAGUGGCUCCAGACCUGGAACUUCAAAGUCAGUUUCUUCAGGUUCUCUGGGCAGUAAGGUCAGUGCAGCUGGAAGUGCACCAGUUUAUUUGGACAUGGCUUAUCUCCCCUCUGGUUGUGCCUCUGCCACCAUUGACGUGGACUUCUUCCGACGCCUGCGCUCCUCCUGCUACAUCGUCAGUGGCGACGAGCCCCUGAAGGAGUCAGUCAUGAGACCCAUUCUCGACGCUCUACUGGAGGGAAAGACUGCCUGGCCCGAUGUGCAGGUGACCCUGAUCCCCACCUUUGACUCGCUGACGAUGCACGAGUGGUACCAGGAAACCCAUGAGAGGCAGAGAGAGCUGGGUAUUACCGUGUUGGGCAGCAACAGCACUGUGGCCAUGCAGGAGGAGACCUUCCCUGCCUGCAAAGUGGAGUUCUGAGAGGGGUGAAACGAGAUGAAGCUACAAAUCCCUGCCCUCUCACCCACUCUUAAAUUGGGAUGGACUAAUUUCCCCCAUCUACAACUGAUUUCCCACCCCAGCAUGCUUCAAGUAUAUCCUGGUGGAUUAGCAGGCCUUACUCAUCCUUUCAAUCUUAUCAUUAUACAUAAGACCCCAGCAAACACUCUGACCCAUCUUUUGUCUUGGGUAUGUCUAUGCCAUGGAAAUGAAGGCAGAACAUGAAUAUGUCCAAGUCUUUGGUCUACCAACAUGAAGAAAGGUUGUUCAUUAUGAAUGCUAGGUAAGGUGGAGCUUAAAGAUUGUCUAUAGUAAUCGAAGGUCCUCACAUUUCUUACCAUUUAGCCAGGUAGUUGUGAUCCAAAUCCAUGACGGCUCAAAGGAGACUAGUCGACAGCUGUAGGAAACCCUCUGCCUCAAUGGGACUGAACUCAUGAGUUCUUCCUUCAACGAUUAUUUCAUCCGUAAAACAUUUCAUAGGUAUAUUUAGGCCUACACCCAUUUGCACAGUUAUCAAUGUCCAAAGACAAGGGAACCACAGUGAGUGAAGGAGUGUUACAAUAUAAUAUGAUGUUAAAAGGCAGAGGUUGUGUGUGAGGAGGUGAAUAUGGGACAGAUGUCUCCUGGUGCACUGGUAAAACAUGAGACCUUAGCACUUACUGAAGGACAACAUGUUUCUGCAUCCCAUUUUAGUUUCAUAGACUGUCUAUGAACAUUGAGGAGAUGGACAAUGUCUUUGCAGGUAAUGAUAUGCAUGUGAACAGAAGAAUUACCCGAACAUUGACAAAAGUGUCCAAGUUUCAAAAAAAAAAAAAUAAUUUGUAGAACAUUUAUAUCAGUCACUUUAACCCUUCAUGUAGAGUAGAUACUGUAUGGGGAUACAAUUUUGACAUUGUCUUUUUAAAUGAAAUAACUCUGUACAUUCUAGGUAAUGAUUUGUACUAAAAUGAAAUACUAAUACAUAUUGGUUGAUGGAAGGCAAUAAGAAAUGCAGUAUUUUAUGUACAAACUCAUGACUGAAUUAGUUUUACUACUCAGUAGUAAUUUCAUUAGAAAGGACACUGAAUUAAGUGUAAACGCUACAGUAUCUUUCCACACUAAUAAAUCCGUUUUUUGUGAAACACGAUGUCUACUGCCGGCAGGUCUAGCAUUUCUGAUUAUGACAAAAGUCAAGAAGACCCUAACCCUCAAUCUUGUUUGUAUUCAAUAAGAUUUUUCAUUGGUGCCCAGGAUAUCAACUGUAUCCAAGCCCAUAUUUGAGUCCCUCUCCAAGACCAGAUGUUCUUCUAAUUGUAAAUGUAUGUCACAUGUGCAAUAGAGGGUAAGCUUCACUGAAGAGGGAUACUUAGAUAUGCUAAUAGGGAAGUCAUGAGAAAUACAUUACAUUUAUCUCAGUGGUUUAUUAUUGUGCAGAAGUGAAUAAAUGCUAAAACAGAUGUUUAACUAGAAAGAAAAAUCUGUUAUAUCAGCAAUCGUUUGUGUAUUCAGUUAAUAGCAGUAGAAUGUACAGUAGACAGCUUUAUCUGGGAAUGUGGACACUUUUAACCUAUAUCAAAACAGAUUGGGUCCAAAUGCAUGCCACCAAGGCUUGCACAACCAUGCCCACAAUAUUACAUGCACUCACUGGGUUAUAAUGCUCUUUAUUGCGAAGGAUAUUUUCAUUUUAUACAAGAAGGAUUAUGAAAGGAUUUUAACAUUUAUUAUUACUCAAGUUUUUGUUGCAUGCAGAGUUAUACAAGCAUGCAGAUCUCAUGUUUUAUUUUGUUAGUUUGUAAGUUUGCUGUGAAAUAUCAGUUUAAUGUAAUCACAUCUGGUAUUAAAGCAAACUAAUGCCAUCGCUCAUCCAGAGCAUCACUGUACAUUUGAAGACGUCUUCAUGUGAAAGGGUGUGUGCAGCCAGCCACAUUUAGGCAGAUCAUAGAAUUCCAAUUAUUUCAUACAGAAGAAUGUAAAAUCCUUUAUCUUAUCAAUUCAUUAACAAUUAUAUUUGAUUCAUUUUUCCUAAAUUAUUGAGUUAUCUUUUUAUAUAUCAAUAAUGUGGCGUAGCUACUUUCAUUUGCAAACCUUUGGUUAGCAACCGGCUGCUCACAUGAUAUAAGCCAAUGGCAGGACAGAGCAAGCAGAACCGAUCUCAUUGUUUGUUCUGAAAGAACAGCAUGUUUUUUGGUACUAGCCAUAAUAAGUCUGAGCAAAAAUGAUUGAAAAUAGAUUGCAUUUCAUUGGUCACUUAUUUGGAUAGAUAUUUCACACUAAUGGAGUUAAGAAUUAUCUCAUCGUUAACUCAACUUUGACUAUAACAAAUCAGUCCCAUGUCCAUGUAAAGAUAUGUCCAUUUAACAUGCGCCAUUUGUCACAGCUUUUGGACUCUGAAUGCAUUGGUUUGGAUAUUGUGUGGCUCUUACGCCCUCUGCUGUCCAUAACAUUUCUUGGCUAGCUGUUCUGAAAGCUGUAUUCAUCGAUAAUUACAGGUCUCUUGUGGCCAAAAGGAUUGCAUGGGCAGGGCCAUUGAGGGAUUCUACCAUUUUAAUGUAGUCAACUGGAUGGGAUUUCCAACUUCAUUGGCUCCUGGUGACCCUGUUGAAGUCAUGUCCAAUUGGGUCAUCAGGAGGGAACUGCCAAUUUUGAAGAAGAAAAAAAUUGUCAGACUCUAUAAUGGCACAGAUACAAAGAUGAGUACUCCAUCUCUGUAGAUGUGUGUAUUUUGAAAGCAAUGUUCAGUGGUAUAUUUGGCUCAUUGGAAUAGUUCUAAACAUUGGCCCUGUAUUUCUGUGCCUCUGUUUCCAUCCCUGCGCCAUUAUAAUAAAAGUAUUCGAAUGAGAUACCUCUGUCAUAAUACAAGUGACAGUAGCACAUAACGAAUGUUCCAAUCUGUAAAUCAGGCCCCAAAAUAAAUAUACACAUUUUAAGUUCAUAUGCUCUUGCUCUUUGGACAUUUUGAGAGUUACUACAUUUCUUUAAUGCUAUUGUUUUUUUUUGUGCUAUAUUUUUCAUAGUUAUAUACACCUCUUUUCCCCUGCACUUAUAAAUGUAUGUUUGUCUAUGUCCAUACCCUGUUGGUGGUUCACACAUCACACUUGCAAGUUUCUGGACUUCACCCAGUAAAUGCUAUGAAUGUUGGUCAAAUUUUCCAAAGACUGCUGGUUUCCCCAGUGUCAAGUGGGUGGGGGAGUUAGUUGGAUAAUGACAGUGGAUAGAUAAUUCCGUAUAGAAACACUAAUUUUAGUUUUUUGCUUUUUCAAUAAAUAUACCCCUUUUCUAAAUCU